UCCAGAGAGAUCUGGAAUAAGUCAAUAUAAACCAAAGCCCAAGAACCUCACCUCAACACAAAGCAAAGUAUCAUUCGCCAAAACUUCUCAAAUUCUCUCUCAAAACCCAAAUGGCCGGAGUUGAAUUGCUCCCCAAAGAAUAUGGAUACGUAAUUCUUGUUCUUGUUUUCUACUGUUUCCUCAACUUCUGGAUGUCAUUUCAAGUCGGCAAAGCUCGCAAAAAGUACAAGGUUUCUUAUCCAACAAUGUAUGCAAUUGAAGCUGAAAAUAAGAAUGCUAAGCUCUUUAAUUGUGUUCAGAGGGGUCAUCAGAAUUCAUUAGAAAUGAUGCCAAUGUUUUUCAUGCUAAUGAUUGUUGGAGGAAUUAGGCACCCCUUGAUUUGUGCAUCACUUGGAGCUGUUUAUAUUGUAUGUCGCUUUUUCUACUUCACUGGCUAUUCUACUGGUGAUCCCCAAAAUCGUCUUACUAUUGGGAAGUAUAAUUUCUUGGCAAUAAUGGGGCUGAUGAUAUGCUCAAUAUCUUGUGGAGUUAAUCUCCUUAUGUCCUAAAUAAUAGUCUCACAUCGGAGCUGUUCCUAGUAAUUCCCUUUAUAUCCAGUAAAGGCUGUCUUUUGUGUAUUUCCCUGUUGCAUUUUGAUGUUGCCGUUUGGUUUAGUUAUCUUGUUUUCCUGGUUGCUGCCAGUUUCCAGCUCUUGUAAUGUGAUCUUGGUCUUUUAAGUUGGACCUUCUUGUGGAAUUCUGUUAAUAAUAUGAGUUAAUUGGUACUUUCUGUAUCAAGAUAUA